AUGAUAAAUAAAUUUGAAAAUCUCUCAAAUGAAAUUCUUCUUCUUAUAUUAUUGAAUUUAACAUGGUUUGAAAUGAUAGAAUCGUUUUGGUUAUUAAAUCAACGAUUUAAUUCACUUAUUUGUUCAACAUUUUCAAUGAACUAUGAUGGAAAUAAAAAUGGAAUUCGAAUUAAUGAAACAGGUUUAUCUUUGAAUAAACUUCAAUUAAUAUUGUCGUCAAUUAUUUCAAAUUCAUCUCUUUCGGCUUCUAUACAACAAAUUCAUAUUGAUGGAUCAAAAUCAAGUUUGUUUUUCAAUAUUAUAUCUCAAUGGAUUUUUCAAGAAAAACUUAUUCAUUUUGUUAAUUUAAAAUCAAUUAUUCUUAUUCGAUGUUAUCUAUCAAAUAUAUUAAUUAACAAUUUAUCUUUACUUGUUCAAUAUCACUUGGAUCAUCUUACAUUAACACUUAAUGAAUGUACUAAGGAGAUUCUUUACAAUAUCGACGGGUCUACUGUCAAUGAUCACAAUCUCAAUCACGACCAAAAUGCUCCAGACACGUGCAAACAUUUCAUAGGGCAAUUAUUUUCUUCUAAAUCUCAAUUAACUUCACUUCGGCUUGAUAUAACAAAUGAUGGUUGUGAUGGUCAAAUUCAUGAUUAUUUUUUACCUAUUUAUAAUUAUUCAAAUCAAAUUGAUACUAAAUCUAUUAAGAAUUGUAUCACCCUUCGUUAUUUACACAUUAAUAUUAUAUUUGGUUGUUUUAUUGAACAUGUUAUUGAAUAUCUACCCAAUCUUGAAAUUCUUUCAGUUGUAUUCAGAAAUUCAAUAUCGACUGAUUUUUUACAUAAAAUGAACAUUACACAAUUUGUGACAAUGGUUUCCAAUUGGAACGAUAAGGUUCCAAAAUUAAAAAGUUUUACUUUAAAAGGUAAAAUUUUGUAUGAUUCUCAGUUGAUCUAUUUAAAAUCGAUUCUUAAUAAUGUUGAUCAUGUUGAAAAGUUAAAACUUUAUGUUGAUAUUGAUUUAACAUAUGAAAAAGAUUCAAUGAAAAAGAAUUGUGUGAUUGAUGCUAAUUUUAUUAGUCAAUAUUUAAUGCCUGAUAUAUCGAAAAAUUUGAUUAAUUUUAAUUUCAAUAUUCUAUCGAAAUGCCAAUUAUUAUCAUCUUAUGGUAUUAAAAUGGUAGAAGAAUCAUUUAAAACUCAUCAAUUUUUUCUUCAUCAUCAUUACAUAAAUAUAAAAUGUUUCUUUGAUCGAAUAAUGUCAUAUCAACAUAUAUCAACGAUAGGAAUAAUUAAACCUAAAUUGUUUGAUGGAAUUAUAAAUUAUGCAAGUAUAUUCGAUUGGCAAUACGUCAAAUAUUUAAAUGUUAAUUUAAAUUCAACUAUUCAUUUAUUUCUCAAACAAUUUAAUAUUAUAUUUCCUCAUAUAACUUGUAUUAAAUUUGAUAUGGGUAAUUAUUUGAUUAAUCUAGAUAAUUGA